AUGCCGAUUCAUCACUUGAUGAUAGGGACGUGGACUCCACCCGGAGCCAUAUUCACUGUGGCCUUUGACGAUGAGAAAUUGACGUUAGAGCUGGUGAAGAGAACCGAGAUCCCUCAUGACGAACCCAUCUCUUGGAUGACUUUCGACCAUGCCAAGAAGAACAUAUACGGCGCGGCCAUGAAGAAAUGGUCUAGCUUUUCUGUCAAGAGUCCAACCGAGAUCGUCCACGAAGCCUCGCAUUCAAUGAAUCACGACCCUCAAGCAAGCCUGGCCACUACCAAUACUCGCGCCAUCUUCCUGCUCGCCGCAAAGCAACCUCCAUACGCCGUUUACUGCAAUCCAUUCUAUUCACAUGCUGGUCAUGGUUCCGUCUUCUCCGUGUCGUCGAAUGGCGCUCUCGAUAAGGAUAUACAACAUUAUCCAUACCAAUCCAAUACGGGCAUCCACGGUAUGGUAUUCGACCCAACGGAAACCUACCUGUACUCGGCCGACUUGAGAGCCAACAAGCUAUGGGUACAUAAGAAAGCAGCGUCGGGAGAGGUUGACCUUGUGGGAAGCGUUGAUGCGCCGAAUCCAAAAGACCACCCGCGGUGGGUAGCCAUGCAUCCGUCGGGCAAUUACUUAUAUGCUCUGAUGGAAGCUGGAAAUCGACUUUGCGAAUAUGUUAUCGACUCGGCAACGCACAUGCCCGUUUAUACGCACCAUUCGUAUCCUCUGAUCCCGCCGGGAAUACCUAAGCAUGAUACCAUGUACCGUAGCGAUGUUUGUGUCUUCACUAAGUCGGGCGACUAUCUAUUCGCAACGAGUCGGGCCAAUAGUUUCGACCUGCAGGGCUACAUUGCGGCAUUUCGAUUGCGGGACUGCGGAUCAAUCGAGAGACAAAUUUGCUUAAAUCCUACACCUACGAGUGGCGGCCAUAGCAAUGCAGUAGCACCAUGCGAUUGGAGCGAUGAGUGGUUAGCGAUUACAGACGAUCAAGAGGGAUGGAUUGAAAUCUAUAGGUGGAAAGAUGAGUUCCUAGGCCGCGUCGCAAGAUGUCGGAUUCCGGAGCCAGGUUUUGGAAUGAACGCCAUAUGGUAUGACUAG